CAUUACAGUGUUACUGCCAUCUGUGCACAAAAGACAACUUCACGUGCGUGACAGAUGGACUGUGCUUUACCUCGGUGACACGGACCGCGGACAAAGUCAUACACAACAGUAUGUGCAUCGCGGAAAUCGACCUGAUUCCCCGAGACAGACCCUUCGUUUGUGCCCCCUCCUCCAGGGACGGGGUCAUCACUGUGCCUCACUGCUGCGACAGGGACCACUGCAAUAAAAUAGAACUUCCAAUUCCAACACCAGGCCCUACUCCAGGAAAACCAGCUUCUAACCUGGGACCUGUGGAACUGGCUGCUGUCAUAGCUGGACCUGUCUGCUUUGUCUGCAUUUCGCUCAUGUUGAUUCUGUACCUCUGUCACAACCGCACUGUGAUUCAUCAUCGUGUGCCGAGCGAGGAAGAUCCCUCGCUGGAUCGUCCCUUCAUAUCAGAAGGAACUACUUUAAAGGAUUUAAUUUAUGAUAUGACAACUUCAGGCUCUGGGUCAGGUUUGCCUUUACUUGUGCAAAGAACAAUUGCAAGAACGAUAGUGCUUCAAGAGAGCAUCGGUAAGGGGCGCUUUGGAGAAGUCUGGCGAGGGAAGUGGAGAGGAGAAGAAGUUGCUGUGAAGAUCUUCUCUUCAAGAGAGGAGCGCUCCUGGUUCCGCGAAGCAGAAAUUUAUCAAACAGUUAUGCUACGGCAUGAAAACAUCCUUGGAUUUAUAGCUGCAGACAACAAAGGUCAGUGAUACCAUGAAUCCGUUCUGCUGAUUGU